AUGCAGUACUCAGUAACACAGUGCUUUCUCCUUUCUGUCGGGGCUGUUAUUUUUAGCUUCUGUCUGGGAGAGUCUUUGGGUCAACAGGAGCAUGAAGACACAUAUAGAGCCCUGCAGCUUGAGGCUCUGAAGAGAAGUAUAUUGGAGUUCCUUGGGAUGGAUACACCACCUGACUCUGGUGGAAAGCCUUCUCACCAGGACCUGGUUAGGAUGUUUCGUCAGUAUAGGAGAAUAAAACAACUGCUUAGAGGAAACUCUAGUCAAGCAGAGGGGCUUCAGCAAUCAAGAAGAGACUCUAUGGUGCUCUUUCCCCCUACAGUGGAGCCUCUUAAUUCUACCGUGGAAUUAAAGCAGCAGUGGUUCAGAGUUGCCUUCCACAAGAACUUGCACAUCAAAAAGGGACUCACCCUUAAAAAGGCAAGGCUGCGAAUUCAAAGACCAUACAUGGACAAAAUUACAUCCGGCCAGCCAUGGCUCUCAAAGGACAUUCUGGUUAGAAUGCAUAAACCCCCUGGUUUUCAUACAGAGACUGUAUUUCAUUUGAAGGACUUGAGCACUCGAGAUGUAAUGUUAGAUUUGACAGUUGUGGUUGAGAAGUGGCUUAAGGACACCAGUGCUGAGCAUUUAAUUGUUGAAAUUUGCCUCAUCAAAAAACAUGAAGGAAGUGUUCUCUCUACGCCUCGGAUUAAAUUAGAAGUUCGCCACUCAGGGAGGAGAGUCAAGAGAGCUCAGUCUGCUAAGGAGGAAGGCUUUGAAGAGGAAGGUACCUGCAGGAGGAAGUCACUGAAUGUUUCCUUUAAAGAGAUUGGCUGGUCAGAUUGGGUUAUUGCUCCCUCAAGCUACACAAUGCACAUUUGCGAUGGUUCCUGCCCACAUAAUUAUAAACCUGCCAGUAUGCAUACUCAAGUAAAGUCUCGUCUGUAUCUCCUGUCCAAGGGAACGAUGCCUCAGCCUUGCUGUGUACCAGCUGCCUAUGAGCCAAUGGUUCUAAUGCAUUAUGACAGUCGUGGACAGUUAAAGCUUACACCCUUCAAUGAUUUGUUAGUUAGCAAAUGCCACUGUGCAUGAACUCUGCAGGCCAGUGUAAAAUUUAAUUGUAACACAUUUUUGAAUGAUAAUGAUUAUUCACAGACUAUUGUAUUUGCAAAUGGUACUAAAAAAAGAUCAAAUGGAAGCAAGAUGUUUGGGCAGUGAAAUGCUAAACAAACUGAAUAGUUCUCACACUGAUUUGUUACAUGCCGUACAUUUAUAAAAUAGUUUGAUUUCUUCAGAAGCCAAAUGCAUUCUUUAAGAUGUUGAAAGGUCAUUGUAUUUUCGUAUGAUUGGCAUACUGGAGGAUCAAGUU